CCAAAAAUUUUCCCAAACUAAACAAGGCCUUAGUGUUUAGUACUACUCUCUAUUUAGCAGCAGCAUAGCUUUUCCGCCUUUCCCCGCUUCGCCAUCUCCUCCCAUGCGCCGGCCGGCUUACCACUGACCACUGCACAGUCUAGUAGAGUCUAGGCGAGAGCGUGCGCGAAGGAGAGGGAGAGCCGGAGGAGGGGAUGGCGGCCGUGGUGGCGGCGGUGGAGGCGGGGGUGGUGGCGGUGGCAAGCGGGCGGGGAUGCAGCAGCCGGCUGGUGCGGGGCCUCUACUGGCGCCUGCGCGCGGUCCUGCGGCGCCUGCGGUCGGAGCGGGCCAGGCGCGGCCGCAGGUUCAGCUUCCACUACGACGCGCUCAGCUACGCGCUCAACUUCGACGACGGCCGCGCCGCCCCGGCCCCCGCCGCUGCCGACCUCGUCGUCCUUGUCCCCGGCGACAACGACGCGCUCCGGUGAAUGGGUGUCCGGCCGAUCCGCUCUGCCAACUGGGUUUCUUGCUCCGGAUGCGGCGGCUGCUGGUCUCGGCUCUCCUGUUCCGGAUGCAAGAAGAGGGUUGUGUAAUGGAAGAAAGAUGGUAGGGUGGUGUGGUGUGGCCUUGCGUUCUGCGAUUCUUGCAUUGACGCGCAGUCGCAGCUAGGAGAUGCCCCCGGUUUCUGGUGAUUUGGAAUGCAAAUUCUGCGCCUUCGGCGAUGCGGUGCUUUCUUCUCGAGAUCUAACACCAUGAUUUGCAGGGAGAACACAUGUGUUUUGUUGGCUUCCAUGAUGCUUCGUUUCUGGGAGUGUUUCUUGCUUGUGCUUCACAAUUCCUUGUGUGGUUCAUCCUGCAAAUUUUUACCUUUAUGGUACCAUUACGAAGGUUUC